GAAGAGAUGGGAAAACGAGUGAGAAGAACCAGCACUAUUUGCAGUUGCUCUUCUCCGCGAGCGCACAUUCUCGCUCCUCACUCUGUUUUCUCCUGGUAAUCUCUCUUUGGUGCAGUUCAGAGUGAGUUAUUAGUGAUUUUUGAAAAUCUUUUGGAAUUACUGGAAUUCUCGUUCGAUCGUUGACAUUGAUUGUGAUGGUGAUUCCGGUGGUUUCAACUUUCAAGGCCAGGACAAUGGGGAAUCGACCAAAAUCCUCGCUCAUGGAUAGUCAUUGGUACGAAGCGGAUCUCUGGACAGAGAUCAUGAAGUACUUGGACGGAAAAUCCCUAGUGAUGCUCGGAGCUACUUGCCGGUGGUUCCACCGGAUCACCAUGGAAGAGUCUGUCUGGAAGUUCGUCUGCUUGCGCGAUCUCCAAGUCCCUGAAUCUCAACAUGUCGCCUACAAAUGGAACCAGCUUUACCGUUCUGCUUUCGAUGGGAGUCAUUCUUACCAAUUUCGUCAGCCUGAGAAGCAUAUUGAUUGGAUGAGAAUCGGCGCUUUCUUCUUUGACUCUCCGGUGGCGCUCCUGACGGAGAAGCUCGGCGUUCCCGCCAAAAUCCCACAGAGAGAGACUGCGGAGAUAAUGAUUCAAACAACCGGCUCUUGUGUCUUGAGAAACAUCAAAACUGGAAUUUGGCUAGCUGAUUUGCAGCUCGUUAGAUGCCCUGUCUGCAACCUUAGCACUUGCGAAGGCACAAUGCAGACAUUAGAUGCAAGGCACAUAGAGCUAUUCUUGAGCGAGGGAUACAAAAAUGGGAGCUGGGAGUACGAGAGCGUGGAGACUCACGAAAUCAAGAAGCACACAGACAUGGCCACUGGGGCCAUUUUCGACAUUAAGCACCUCAACGAUGCUAGCACCUAUGAGGUUUGGGAUGCGAAGGCAUGGAUGGGGAAACCCAAUGACUGGCAGCCUAAAGCUCGUAUAGCUCACCACGCUGUUGCUGUAAACACCAAUUUACAGCAAAACGAAGGGCUUUUGAUAAAAUACGAAGCAAUGAGAGCUGGAGGGCUAGAAGCCGACGUGGUUGGGAUUAGGAUCUCUCAGCAGUUAAUUUGAUGGUCAUCACGGGACGUCUCUGCGAAGAGUCUUUUACCAAAUUCUGAUGCGUUUUACCGGAUGGAAUAAAUAAAAUGUUCUCCCAUUGGAUUAUUUUCAAAGGUUGGCCAUAC